UCCCUGCAGAGGCAGGAAGCCUCCUUCGGAAAGCAGGGAUGGAGGUAAAUUGUUUAACACUAAAAGACCUGAUCAGCCCCAGGCAGCCCAGACUAGAUUUUGCAGUUGAAGAUGGGGAAAAUGCGCAAAAGGAAAAUAUAUUUGUUGAUCGAUCAAGGAUGGCCCCGAAGACUCCAAUAAAAAAUGAACCAAUUGAUUUAUCAAAGCAAAAAAAAUUUACUCCAGAAAGAAAUCCCAUUACUCCAGUUAAGCUUGUUGACAGACAGCAAGCGGAACCAUGGACACCCACAGCUAACCUGAAGAUGCUCAUUAGUGCUGCCAGCCCAGAUAUAAGGGACCGGGAGAAGAAAAAGGGACUAUUCCGACCCAUUGAAAACAAGGACGAUGCAUUUACAGAUUCUCUACAGCUUGAUGUUGUUGGGGACAGUGCUGUGGACGAAUUUGAAAAGCAAAGGCCAAGCAGAAAACAGAAAAGUUUAGGACUCCUGUGCCAGAAGUUUCUAGCUCGCUAUCCAAGUUAUCCCUUGUCAACUGAGAAAACUACCAUCUCCCUAGAUGAAGUUGCUGUCAGUCUUGGUGUGGAAAGGAGACGCAUCUAUGACAUUGUAAAUGUUCUGGAGUCGCUGCAUCUGGUCAGCCGGGUGGCUAAGAAUCAGUAUGGCUGGCAUGGACGGCACAGCCUGCCAAAAACCCUGAAGAACCUCCAGAGACUAGGAGAGGAGCAGAAAUAUGAAGAGCAAAUGGCCUGCCUCCAACAGAAAGAGCUGGACCUGAUAGAUUAUAAAUUUGGAGAACGUAAAAAAGAUGGCGAUCCAGAUUCCCAGGAACAACAGUUAUUGGAUUUCUCUGAACCCGACUGUCCCUCUUCAUCUGCAAACAGUAGAAAAGACAAGUCUCUGAGAAUUAUGAGCCAGAAGUUUGUCAUGCUGUUCCUCGUCUCCAAAACCAAGAUCGUCACUCUGGAUGUGGCUGCCAAAAUACUGAUAGAAGAAAGCCAAGAUGCCCCGGACCAUAGUAAAUUUAAAACAAAGGUACGACGCCUCUAUGACAUAGCCAAUGUUCUGACCAGCUUGGCUCUGAUAAAGAAAGUGCAUGUAACAGAAGAGCGAGGCCGUAAACCAGCCUUCAAGUGGAUCGGGCCUGUGGACUUCAGCUCAAGUGAUGAAGAACUGGUGGAUGUUUCUGCAUCUGUCUUACCAGAAUUGAAAAGAGAAACAUAUGGCCAGAUUCAAGUCUGUGCAAAACAGAAGCUGGCUCGCCAUGGUUCUUUUAACACAGUUCAGGCUUCUGAGAGGAUCCAGAGGAAGGUGAACUCAGAACCGAGCAGCCCGUACAGAGAAGAAGGAUCAGGUGGCUACUCUUUAGAAAUUGGAAGCCUGGCAGCUGUCUAUAGACAGAAAAUAGAAGACAAUUCACAGGGAAAAGCCUUUGCCAGUAAGAGAGUGGUGCCUCCAUCAAGCAGCUUGGACCCUGUUGCUCCUUUCCCUGUCCUCUCUGUUGACCCAGAAUAUUGUGUUAAUCCUUUAGCCCACCCAGUAUUUUCUGUUGCUCAGACGGACCUGCAGGCAUUCUCCAUGCAGAACGGUCUGAAUGGACAAGUGGACGUCUCACUUGCUUCUGCAGCCUCUGCUGUGGAGAGCCUGAAGCCAGCACUCCUUGCUGGCCAGCCUCUAGUGUACGUGCCCUCUGCCUCACUGUUCAUGCUGUAUGGAAGUCUGCAGGAGGGACCAGCGUCAGGGUCAGGGUCAGAGAGGGAUGACAGAAGCUCAGAAGCCCCAGCCACAGUAGAGCUGUCAUCCGCACCCUCAGCUCAGAAGCGCCUCUGUGAGGAGAGGAAACCUCAGGAGGAGGAUGAGCCAGCCACUAAAAGGCAAAGCAGGGAAUAUGAAGAUGGCCCGCUGUCACUCGUCAUGCCCAAGAAACCCUCAGAUUCCACAGACCUUGCCUCUCCCAAGACUAUGGGUAACAGGGCAUCUAUACCCCUCAAAGACAUUCAUGUGAAUGGCCAACUCCCUGCUGCAGAAGAGAUUUCAGGAAAGGCAACAGCAAACUGUUUUGUUUCUUCUGAGUGGGGAAAUCCUUCAAGAAAUACAGAUGUUGAAAAGCCUUCGAAAGAAAAUGAAAGCACCAAAGAGCCUUCUUUGCUACAGUAUCUUUGUGUGCAGUCUCCUGCAGGAUUAAAUGGUUUCAAUGUACUUUUAUCUGGCAGUCAAACCCCCCCUACUGUGGGCCCAUCCUCAGGUCAGCUGCCGUCUUUCAGUGUCCCUUGCAUGGUCUUACCGUCUCCAUCUCUGGGCCCUUUUCCUGUUCUCUAUUCUCCUGCAAUGCCGGGCCCGGUUUCUUCUACUCUUGGUGCUCUCCCAAACACAGGACCUGUGAAUUUCAGCUUGCCUGGCCUUGGAUCAAUAGCCCAGCUUCUCGUCGGCCCCACAGCUAUGGUUAAUCCAAAGUCGUCCACACUCCCUUCUGCAGACCCUCAGCUUCAGGGUCAGCCCUCACUAAACCUGAGUCCAGUGAUGUCAAGGUCACACAGUGUCGUCCAACCUGAGUCCCCCGUUUACGUGGGACAUCCAGUCUCAGUAGUAAAAUUACAUCAGUCACCAGUUCCAGUGACCCCCAAGAGCAUCCAACGCACACAUCGUGAGACAUUUUUCAAGACACCCGGCAGCCUUGGAGACCCUGUCCUGAAGAGAAGAGAAAGGAACCAGUCACGAAACACCAGCUCGGCCCAGAGGAGACUAGAAAUCCCCAGCGGCGGGGCUGACUAACCUGCUGCUUUGCCAGGUGGGGGUGGGAUCAAACGCCCUGAGAGUCCCGGAUGUCCGAGGCGGGAUGCAAACCAUCCCGUCCUGAGCACGGGUCCUUCCUCUCUCUUUCAUCCACACUUUUGUUAACUUCCCACCACCAUCAAUCAUCUGAUUUCCUGAAAGUAAUUAAUUGUGCAUUUAAUACCAGUUAGAGUUCCGACUCUGCAUGGUGUCACAGUGAAAGCGCCGACUGAAUUAUAGUUUUGAUUCAAGAAUCGUCUUAUUGCUGGAAGUAGAUCUGAAUAGGCUACCGGAGCCUUGUGGUUUUUCUAAAGGGGGGCGCUGUCUAGCACUUAACUAGGGUAAGCAUUCUUAACAUGUAUUUCCACUUGCCCUGAGUAAAUCUGUGGUGAGAGAAGCUUCCUUUCUGCAGUUUAAAAAAGCUACUGCUUCCUUAGGCUUCAUCAGGAAGCCACCUUCAGUUGUGAAUCCUAUGGUAUUAUUUAUUUUGUUCCUGAAAUGGGAUUUAGUGCAAAAAGUUUACAACUACAGUCUUUAACACAUUUUUUUCAGGGUAUGACGACUUGAAUGUUUAUACUUUUAUUCUAUAAUUUGCCCUGCACUUAUUUUACAACCUAGUAAUAAUGUGGAUAAAUGUAUCUACAUGACACAUGUCAAGACCAAAAUAACUGUGAAUGAUACACCUUGCUGUAAAUGAACUGUGCUAACCCUGACUGUGGGCAUGAGAACAAAGAUGAACUCUAGAACUCUAGCAGCCUAACUGCUGCUUCUCAAAUAACUGUGUGAACAGUGAGAUAUUACUGUUUGUUUCUAAAAAUCCUACUGUGCCCAGUUUCCUUCACUACAUGCCCUGCGUUUUUUAUUUCAAUGUUUAGCUGUAGUGCCAUCAGAUAUGGAUGCCUUCUAACAAUUGCUGUUUGUAAAAUAAAUCAGGAUGGUAGAAAGUGAGUAUAUGGAAAAUUGGAACCUGGAUGAGACCUUUUCGUUGAAUUCUGAAGAGUAAUGAUGUGAAAAUUGAUACAGGGCAAGAGAUGAUUCUUUUUUCUUCUACUUCAUGUCUGGAAGAGUAAGAGGGAAAAUGGACAUAUGUUUCAUAUCCAGCGGUAUUCAAACUGUAGUUAGAUGGUACCUCUGAAAAAUAAGAAUGGUGAGCGCACGGGUUGGUUGUUCUAGCAUGAAUACAAUUCUGGAAACUGUUAUGCAAUUUCCCUUUUUUUACCCACAUUACUUUAGGGGUGCAUUAAGUCACCAAACUAUACUAGUUCUUUGUAUUCCUAGACUUGCUGAUAUUUACCUGUCUCUUGUCUCUUCAGAGUAAAUGGUUCUCUUCUUUCCUUCCUACUUUCCUUCAUUCUCUCUUCCUUCCCUCCUUCCUACUUCUUUUUCUUCUUCCUUCUUACUUCUUCCUUCCUACUUCUUCUUCCUACUUCUUCCUUCCUUCUUCCUCUCUUAAAACUUCCUACUUCUUCCUCCCUACUUCUUCCUUCCUCUUCCUCUCUUAAAACUUCUAUCUUAGAUGUAGAAUCCUGGUGUAGGGUUUUAUUUUAUUUUUAUUUUUUGACCCAAUAAAAUGUUAUAUGAAAGAAUAAAAAUAUUAAUUUAAGAGACUCUGGGAGUCUGAAUAAAGUAGCUUUAUAUUAACUACAGGAUAAUAUUAGCCUUAUUACCCCCACAAGAUUUUUUAAAACUUGAGGUAGGUAGCUACAUUAAAUAAAUUUGCUACUUAUAUAAAAAUUUUUAUCAACACUAAACUUUUAAAGUUUACAAGAUUUUUUUUUCCUUUUUUACAGUCUUCUAUGGAGUUAGGUUAAAAAUGUGGUUUUAACCAUCAACAAUUGCAUGGUAAUAAUGACCCUGAACUAAAACUGAUGGGUUCCCUAUCAAAACAAAUAUAUACCCUUUUCAGGUUUCAAUCUGUGCAGGGUGUAUGCAUUUUAAUUCUACCAUGCUUAAGAACUUCCACAAAAUAUUUCAUGGAGAGGUCUGCAUUUAGACGGAAACAAAUUGCUUUUCCCCUCAAUGUUCCUGAAUGCUCUAUACUUGUUUUAACAUUUUUGCUAUCUUUUUUUAUUAUUCUGAUCAUGAUAUGACCAUCUUAACCUCAGAAUUCAUAAUUCCUGAGGGGUGUUAAGAAGCAGUCCCAUUGGUGAGGAUAUUAUGACUUGGUGACCAUACUUAGGAGUAGAAAACCAAGAACAAUUGCUUCUGUAUUCAGUAUCCACUUCUUAAUGUGGCUUUAUAUGUAAAAAUAAUAAUGCAGUUGUUGUUUCUGUCAGGAAAAUGAAUCUUACAGAACAACUGGUGGAAUUGAAGCUGGUGCGCGAGACUUGGAUAUUUCGGGUAGUGAAGAAGCAAUGGCAAUCUUGAGUCUACUAUUGUAUAAUUUAGUAAAAGAAAAAAAUAAUCGUUGGUGGUCCUACUAAGAGAAUGCAGCUUUUUUGAGUUGUCACAGAGGCUGUGUGUGCCCUACACUGACCAGGGUUUGUAAAACCCUUUCAUUCUGGUACAAGAGUCGGGGGUGUAACUUUUAUACUUGAAUCUACCUACCAAGUUUACAUUUCUCAAUUCCUUCUUGUAAGGUGCUAUUUCUGUAUUUAAAUAACUUUCUUUUAACGUAAAGCUGCUUUCUGCUUAUCUUAUUGCACUGCUAGUUGUAUGUAGGUAUUAAUUUUAUUGCUGCUUACUGCUUUUUUUUUCUUAGUUAGCUCUGCUCUUUUUCCUAAUGGCUAUAUUAUCUAUAGCUGUUUACUUGUAACUGUACUACAUGUAAACUGAUUUUUUGUUCUGAUUUUUUUCUAAUAUUUUUAGGAAAAUAUUAAGCUUUAUAAAAUAGCAAUAAAAAAUAAUUCAUUUAA